AUGACAAGAGUUUAUAUAUCUUUAAUAAGGGGCAGCCUCUUUCUGUUGACAAAUUCCAUAUCUCAAGAUAACUGUUACUGAAUCUUUAGCAUUGACUUUUGCAGGGAUGCAUUCAUGGCGUCGUGCCUGGCUUUUCAAAAUGAAGUUUCUGUAAAAGAUAAUGAUGAAGUAUGCACUUUGCUAGCAGAGAAAGAGCUGCUACAGAAUGAAGUUCAUAGUUUAAACAAGAAAACCAAAGCAUUGGAAAGUUCAACAGCAGCUUUUGUGGAAGAGGUUCUCGAAGAUCUUCAGCACACAACGUCUGCUUUAGACGUUGAAAUAAGAAGUGGCAAUAUUGAGAAUGAGAAAUUGCUCAAAGAUAUUGAUGAAAUAAAGAAAACUUUGUCUUCACUUAUGUUGGCCAGAACGCAGGAGAUGGUAAUCCUCCUCUGCUUUCCUUUCAAGCUUUCCGUUUAGUGCCAUCUCUGACUCUUUUGUAAUUUUGUCCCACAUCCUUAGCAGGUGUCCGGAACUGGUAAUGUUUUUUCAUCCGCUGACCAGUGAUAGCUGUUCAAGUCACUUGUAUGCUGAAGUUAGCCAUACAUGAAUUUGUCAACAUACAACAAUAACAACAACAAAAAACUCAGUGUAAUCCCGCAAAGUAGGAUCCUUACCCCUACCUUGUGAAGGUAGAGAGGUUGUAUCUGAUAGACCCCGGCUCAGGGAUCUGUCGACGGAUCACUUCUAAUAAUUCUAAAAGCUUUCAGCUCCAAACUUUCAUAGUAGUUCAAUGUGACAGAAAUAAUGCGUUUGAGUACAAAUUUGAAAGAGGAACACUUGGCUCAGAUUGAAUCAGAAGUCAUGCUUUUGACACCAGGUGAGCUUUACAAUCUCAACAGCUGAAGUGCGUUACAGUUUUAAAUACGAGCCUCCGCCCACGUGGGGCAUUAGAGAUCUAUCAGGAUUGUGGCACUUUGCAAUGGGAC